CUCGAUCUGUCAAUGCACAUCAUACCUGUCGGAAGGUAACAAGAUGGCUGUGGACAAGUGUAUAAAGUACCUUCUCUUUUUCUUCAACCUACUGUUCUGCAUCAGUGGAUGUUUCAUUCUCGGCAUCUCCAUCUACCUGAAGGUGAGCAGUAAAACCUGGUUCAUGGGGGUUGUACCCGGCGUGGACCUUCUGAUCGCUGCCAGUGUCAUCAUCAUGGUUCUUGGCUUCCUGGGCUGCUGUGGGGCCAUCAGGGAAAACCGCAUCAUUCUCAUGCUGUUCUUCAUCCUGCUGCUGCUAAUCUUCAUCCUCCUGUUGAUAGCUGCAAUCCUGGGAGCCGUCGGAGUGAAUAAGACUGAGGAGUCGAUGAAGGAGUGGAUUAAGGCAAACCUGCCACUGAGGAACCAGACGUCCAAAUUCCAGGCGGACAUGCAGAAACUUGAAGAGCAGGAAAAGUGCUGUGGAUUGAUCAAUGGACCUUCUGAUUGGGGUUCAGCAGUCCCCAAUUCUUGCCAAUGCGAUAACACAACUCAGGAGUGUCAACUUGCCAAUGGACAGCAAGCGUAUGCAAAGCCUUGUAUCAAGGUGUUGAUGAUUGAAAUGGUGAAACAGGCUCUUAUCAUCCUAGUGAUCGCAUUUGUCCUCGCAGUCUUGUUGAUCUUUGGAAUGGUCUUAUCCAUGACCCUUUAUUGCCAGACAGGGAAGAAUGAUGAUUAUAUUGCUCAUUGAAUA